AUGCCCAACUGCUGGCAACAUUUGGUGUCAUUCCAUGCAUGCAACCAAACAUACAGUGUACAUCCUGGUGCAUUCAGCGUCGUAGCUCGAUCCUCCAUGGCCGCGCCCGUAUUCCUCGCCGCCGUCCUCGCCCUCCAGCUCCUCCAUGUGGCCCGCGGCGAGAUCAAGACGACGCCGAUCGUGUCCGACUCGCGGCCCGUCAUCCUGUUCGAGGAGUUCGGCUUCAAGCCCGGCGGCGUCGCGCAGGUCUCCGUGUCCGGCGUCUCAUGGAGCGUCCCCGAGGGCUCCCCGCCCCAGGCCGUCGAUCCCGGUCUAAUGGGCUUCAUCCUCAUCUCCAACACCCUCUUCUUCAAGAUCACCAACGAAUCCGAGUACGCCGAGGAGACCGACAGCUCCUUCUGCCCGCUCACCAGCGAGUACGUGAUGCCGCUCUUCCGGCUCAAGGACAUCGGGCGCGACGGCGCCGGCGGGGGCAACGUGACCAUCGGCGACGCCGACCAGUACACGGUGCUGUUCAGCAGCUGCCAGGACGGCGUCGAGAUCACCAUGGACGUGCGCACGGAGAUGUACAACAUGCCCGGCCCCGGCGGCGACAGGGAGUACCUGCCCGUCGGCCUGCUCCCGCUGCCGGGAAUCUUCGCCGCCUCCUCCGUGGUGUACCUCGCGUUCCUGGCGGUGUGGGUGUUCGUCUGCAUCAAGCAGCGCGCCACGGUCGAGCGGAUCCACGCCGUGAUGGGCGCGCUGCUGCUGUUCAAGGCCCUGAAGCUGGCGUGCGCCGCCGAGGACGCGUGGUACGUGGGGCGCACCGGCACGCCGCACGGCUGGGACGUCGCCUUCUACGUCUUCGGCUUCUUCAAGGGCAUCCUCCUCUUCACCGUCAUCGUGCUCAUCGGCACCGGCUGGUCCUUCCUGAAGCCAUACCUCCAGGAGCGCGAGAAGAACGUGCUGAUGAUCAUCAUCCCGCUGCAAGUGAUCGAGAACAUCGCGUCGGCGAUGAUCGGGGAGACGGGGCCGGCGGGGAGGGACUGGCUGGCGUGGAACCAGAUCUUCCUGCUGGUGGACGUGGUCUGCUGCUGCGCGGUCUUCUUCCCCAUCAUCUGGUCCAUCCGCAACCUCAGGGAGGCCUCCAAGACGGACGGCAAGGCGGCCAGGAACCUCAAGAAGCUCACCCUCUUCAAGCAGUUCUACCUCGUCGUCGUCGGCUACCUCUACUUCACCCGGAUCGCCGUCUCCGCCUUCGCCGCCGUGCUCAGCUACAAGUACCAGUGGGUGGUCAACGUCUCCAUCGAGCUCGCCAGCCUCGCGUUCUACGUCUUCGUCUUCUAUAACUUCCAGCCGGUGGAGAGGAACCCGUACCUCUACAUUGCGGACGAGGAGGAAGAGGCUGCCGGUGGCCAGCUCGAGCUAGAGGGAACGUUUGAGAUCUGAGACGACGUGGAUGCAUGGAGGUCAACAUAUAUAGCUGUAUACAACCCCCCGGCCCGGCCGUCUCUGCUCUAAGUUUUGUUUUGUACUGUACUUAAUUAAGUGGAUAUACAUACAUAGUAGUAGUAGUACCUUCUUGCACGGAGCUAAUACGUACUGUACAAAUUAUCAUGUAAAGCUCAUGCUCAAAGUUCAUGCACAUACGUCGCCCAUGAAAGAAAAAC